AUGAUCGCAGUCAACCCGGAUGGGAAGAUAAUGGUCAGAAGAUGCCUGGUCACCCUGAGACCCUUUCGGCUGUUUGUCCUGGGCAUCGGCUUCUUCACUCUCUGCUUUCUGAUGACAUCAUUGGGAGGGCAGUUCUCUGCCCGGCGCCUGGGGGACUCACCCUUCACCAUCCGCACAGAAGUGCCAGGUGGCUCCGAAUCCCGUGGCGCCCUCCGCAAGAUGAGUGACCUGCUGGAGCUGAUGGUAAAGCGCAUGGACGUGCUGGCCAGGUUGGAGAAUAGCAGUGAGCUGCACCGCACAGCCAGCGUUGCGCACGUAGCUGCAGACAGGCUCACCCCUGGGGCUGGCCUCAUUGAGAGGAUCCAGGCCAUUGCCCAGAAUGUGUCUGACAUCGCUGUGAAGGUGGACCAGAUCUUGCGCCAUAGCCUGAUUCUGCAUAGCAAGGUGUCUGAAGGUCGGAGGGACCAGUGUGAAGCCCCCAGUGAUCCCAAGUUUCCUGACUGCUCAGGGAAAGUGGAGUGGAUGCGUGCGCGCUGGACCUCUGACCCCUGCUAUGCCUUCUUUGGAGUGGAUGGCACCGAGUGUUCCUUCCUCGUCUACCUCAGUGAGAUUGAGUGGUUCUGCCCCCCGCUGCCCUGGAGGAACCAGACUGCUUCCCGGAAAGCCCCCAAGGCCCUUCCCAAAGUCCAGGCAGUGUUCCGGAGCAACCUGUCCCACCUGCUGGAGCUGAUGGGCAGUGGGAAGGAGUCCCUCAUCUUCAUGAAAAAGCGAACCAGGAGGUUCACUGCCCAGUGGACCAAGGCUGCCAAGCACCUGGCACAGAAACUGGGGGACAUCCGGAGAGACCAGAAACAGAUCCUUGUCCACAUCGGCUUCCUGACAGAGGAGUCCGGGGACGUGUUCAGCCCAAGGGUACUGAAGGGCGGGCCUCUGGGGGAGAUGGUGCAAUGGGCCGACAUUCUGGCUGCUCUCUAUGUCCUGGGCCACAGUCUACGGAUCACAGUCUCCCUGAAGGAGCUGCAGAGUAACUUAGGGGUGCCUCCAGGCCGGGGGAACUGCCCACUCACCGUGCCUCUGCCUUUUGACCUCAUCUACACGGACUAUCAUGGCCUGCAGCAAAUGAAACAGCACAUGGGGCUGUCCUUCAAGAAGUACCGGUGCAGAAUCCGAGUCAUCGACACCUUUGGAACGGAGCCAGCGUACAACCAUGAGGAGUACGCCACACUCCACGGCUACCGGACCAACUGGGGUUACUGGAACCUUAACCCCAAGCAGUUCAUGACCAUGUUCCCUCACACCCCAGACAACUCCUUCAUGGGCUUCGUGUCUGAGGAACUCAAUGAGACUGAGAAGCAGCUCAUCAAAGACAGCAAGGCCAGCAACAUGGCGGUGGUGUACGGCAAGGAGGCGAGUAUCUGGAAGCUCCAGGGCAAGGAGAAGUUCCUGGCCAUCCUGAACAAGUACAUGGAGAUCCAUGGCACGGUGUACUAUGAGAGCCAGCGGCCCCCUGAGGUUCCUGCCUUUGUAAAGAACCAUGGUCUCCUGCCACAGCCUGAGUUCCAGCAGCUGCUGCGUAAGGCCAAGCUCUUUAUAGGGUUCGGAUUUCCCUAUGAGGGUCCGGCUCCACUGGAGGCCAUUGCCAAUGGUUGCAUCUUUCUUCAGUCUCGCUUCAGCCCGCCCCACAGCUCCCUCAACCACGAGUUCUUCCGGGGCAAGCCCACCUCCAGGGAGGUCUUCUCCCAACAUCCCUAUGCAGAGAACUUCAUCGGCAAACCUCACGUGUGGACUGUGGACUACAACAACUCAGAGGAGUUUGAAGCAGCUGUCAAGGCCAUCAUGAACACCCAGGUCGAGCCUUAUCUGCCCUACGAGUAUACAUGUGUAGGGAUGCUGGAAAGGAUCCAUGCUUACAUCCAGCACCAGGACUUCUGUGCAGGUCCAAGCCCGGUCCCACCAGGUGCCCACACUGCCCAGAGUCCCUUUGUCUUAGCUCCCAAUGCCACUCAUCUCGAGUGGGCCCAGAACAUCAGCUCGAUUGUAGGAGUCUGGCCCCCCACCAACUCUCUGCGGGCCUGGCUGGCAGCCCCUGGGAGAGCCUGCACAGAUGCCUGCCUGGACCAUGGGCUAGUCUGCGAGCCUUCAUUCUUCCCCUAUCUCAACAGCCAAGAUGCAUUUCUCAAGCUGCAGGUGCCCUGUGACAGCACAGAGUGGGAGAUGCAUCACUUGUACCCCGCCUUUGCCCAACCCGGCCAAGAAUGCUACCUACAGAAAGAGCCGCUGCUCUUCAGCUGUGCCGGUGCCAGCACCAAGUACCAGAGGCUCUGCCCCUGCCGUGACUUCCUCAAGGGCCAGGUGGCCUUGUGCCAGGGCUGCCUGUGA